CAGGGGCUUCGUACUAAUUUUCGCAAUUUUUACAGGGGCUUAGUACUAAUUGCAGAGAGAGCUGAAAGAGUGCUGAGAAACAAUGUGGCAUCGGGACCCCAGGCUCCGUCCAAAAGGGGGAGAAAUCUGGGCUCUCCUGAAGUAUUUGAGGAGCAGCAGAAGCGAGUAAAAAGCGAUGCUGGUACGAGCAAAGUAGCAAAUAGUGACAUAGCGGACGCUGCAAGUACUACUGCCACUGCGAACCUACCGACAUCAGAUACUGAUGAGUGCACCCCACCGCUACAGGGAGAGUGGAGAAUUGUGGCAAACAGGAAGAGACAGACGAGCCCGAAACGACUCCAAAAAACAGGAAAUGAAACUGUUGAGCGCCAAAAACAGGAAAAACAGGAGAAGCCCAAACCACCCACGAAACGCGAGUUGGCUGAAGCCAUCAUCGUUUCAUCCAAAGAAAAAGAGGAGACGCUGCGAAAAAUGAAACAAAACCCGAAGGUCAAGGCUUUUGGAGAGAAGGUGGCAAGAAUCCGUCGUACUCGGCUCGACGAUCUGAUCUUCGAGCUAAAGGAUGGAGUGAAGGCUUCCGAUUUUCAGAGCCUCAUAGAGGAGUCUGUUGGCGCAACCGGACAAGUGAGGGUGCUGAACCGGUCGGAAACGGUAGAGUGCCGCGAUGUUGACCUGGAGACCAAGGCCGAACAGGUGGUGUCGGCCUUCAGGCAGCAGUUCGAUUGUGGAAGCACCCUCUUGGAGGCGAAGCUAAGACCGUCAUACAACGGUACGCAGACGGCAUAUAUAAAGAUGCCUGGGGAUUUAGCAGCGAAGGUGGUACGUGCUGGUACGGUGAAGGUAGACUGGUCCAGCUGCCCGGUACGGAUCUUACCGUCUAACAAGAGAUGUUUCCGCUGUUGGGCAACAGACCACAUCUCCCGCGAUUGUAAGGGACCUGAUCGAACCGAUCUCUGUCUCCGUUGUGGAGAGAAAGGCCACCAGGCGCGCAGCUGCCACAACGCUCCGAAGUGUGUACUUUGUGCCCCUGGCGUAAACGCACACCAAACCAGUGGUCCCCUUUGCCAGGCGGUGACAAAAGCGAAAUCAUGGAGAUAGUGCAGGCCAACAUAAACCACUGUGAGUCAGCGCAGGACCUACUGUGGCAGGCGAUAGCGGAAGAACAGGGCGACGUCGCGUUAAUCUCCGAGCCGUAUCGUACCCCGAAAGACAACAGCUGCUGUGUAACAGACCGGACAGGCCUGGCUGCUAUCUGGGCGGUGGGCAGAUUCCCCAUACAGAAAGUAGUCUCGCACGACUCGGAGGGUUUCACCAUCGCCAUUGUGAACGGGGUCUAUUUCUGCAGCUGCUACGCACCACCCAGCUGGGAACUGGAGAGAUUUAACACAAUGUUGGACAACCUCGUUGAUGCUCUUGUAGGGUGCAACCCAGUCGUCGUUGCCGGGGACUUCAACGCUUGGGCGGUUGAGUGGGGUAGCCGGAGUACCAACAGCAGAGGAGAAGCGGUACUCGAGAGCCUCUCCCAACUCGAUGUGGUGCUGGGCAACGUUGGUAACACUCCCACGUUCAGCAGAAAUGACAGAACUUCUGUCAUUGACAUCACGUUCUGCAGCCCAGUGCUGUCACGACACCUGAAUUGGCGAGUGAGCAAGGCGUAGGCGUACCUUCAGCGACCACCGCAUGCUUCGGUACACCAUCGGCAGAGAUCACAAUCCACUGCAGACACCUCGGGCAUCAGUUCGCGGCUGGAGAACGCAAUGCUAUAACGAGGAGAUAUUCUUAAGCGCGCUACGCACUGGUGGGUUCCAGAACGUUGCGAGUGCGUUAGAAUUGAGGGAUGCACUCUCCAAAGCAUGCGACGCUACGAUGCCCAGGAGGAAGUCCCCCAAAAACACGCGCCCACCGGUAUACUGGUGGACCGCUGCUAUUGCGAGGCUCCGGACCGAGUGCAUGUCAGUUCGGAGGCGACUACAGCGGAACAGGUGCUUUGCGAGCAGAGAACAACUGAAGGCAACCUACGUCACGACAAGGUCGGAUUUGAAGAGGGAAAUUAAGGCCAGCAAAAGACGAUGCUUCCUCGAGCUUUGAUCUGAAAUCACUCGGAAGCCCUGGGGAUUUGCAUACAAGACGGUGAUGCGAAAAAACCAAAACUCGCAAGGCGCCCGUUGAGAGAUGAAGGGAAUCAUCGCGCAAUUAUUCCCUGAAUACGAGCCCCCACAGCUGA